GCCAGUGCCAAUGGUGAAUGGAUGAGAUGCAUAGAGGGUUGACCAUCCUCCAAAACAGGCAUCCAGUGCUGCGUCUGCAGGGAAGCAGGACCGCCUGUUUGUACUGAAUAUAGGCGGCCUCUGUCGCUAUAGUCCUAGACUUUCGCAUAGCGGCCCAGGGACUGUUGCAGAGGCGGCAUCACCGCUGUUUGCCUGUUGCGCAGACCGCAUGCUACUGAGGCCAUAUAAAGUGAAUCUGCUUUAGGUGAUUGUGCGCGGAUGCGCUGAGUUUGUGUUGUGGUUCGCUGCCAUGAGUGAGAAAAGCAUGACACCGCAGAAGCAGGGGAAAGUGGACGGAGCAGAGAGCAAGAAGGCCGAUGUACUGGAGGAGAAGAGCGUGGAGGAACUGCAGGAGUACCUGGAAGAAUUCAGAACAAAGCUACUGGACGAUGGGGUGCUGGAUGAGCAGUUCACUCAGCUCCAGCAGUUGCAAGACGACAGCAACCAGGACUUUGUCAAGGAGGUUGUCGACCUGUUCUUUGAGGACUCCACAAAGCUGCUGGACCAGCUAUCGAAAGAAGUGAAAACGGAACCCAUAGAUUACAAGCAAGUGGAUGCGCACGUACACCAAUUUAAGGGGAGCAGCUCAAGUGUGGGAGCCCACCGCGUAACCGAGGUUUGCAAGAGCUUCCGGCUGUGCUGCGACAAAGAGGAUGCACCCGGGUGCAAAGCCUCCCUGGAGAAGGUGAAGCAGGAAUUUGCGCUCUUCAAAGCGAAGCUGGGGGAGCUUCUAGAUAUUGAGUCGAAGAUCAUUGAAAAAGGAGGCACCUUGCCAAUGCCUGAGUGACUACGAAAUGUGGCCGUGCUCACCAUUGGCAAUCCAACGGGCUCAGGUAUGCCGUGCUUUCUGAAGGGGAAUGCACACACAGGUUGGCCGCUUACUGCUGCCAAAGCAUAAAGUUUUCGAGAGGAUCGCAAACGAUUGUUAUUCAUUGGAUACGAAUUGAGUUGGCAGCAUACUGUACAGGAGAUUCAUGUUUUACCCUAGAGAUGCAACGUAGCAAGCGGCCCAGCUUGACGCUCCCCGUAGAUUCCAGUGCACUUGUCAGUCGGAAGAGGUCUGCUAAGGACCUGGCUUGCUACUUUGCUUUGCAUGUAGUGGCUACAUAUAUGCAUAACCGGCACAAUUUUCUCUAUGCCAACUUGAAACAUGUAUGGGGUUUUUCCUCCAUGGUGGCUCGUACCUAAUGGGUG